AUGAGCUUCUCACUCUCAUUCUCUGAGCUGGUCAACAUUGCCAUCCCGCAGUAUGGUGUGGUGAACUUCAAGGCCCUGCAACUGGUGCUCCAUGGCAUCCUGGAGCACAUCAACAUGGCUGAGCUCAAGAAGGUCCUCACAGGGGAGGAGGACUUCCUCCAGACCUCACCGAGAAUGUCCAUGUCCCGGGAAGGAGAUGGUCAGCCCAUCAUCCACCCCCUGAAGAGGCUGAGCAACGUCUUCGAUCACGUGAUGAGCCGUCUCGAGAAGGUGGAGAGCCAGCUGACCGUACUGCAAGAGAUGCCUUCCACCACCGUGCUGCUGGAAGGCAGCCAAGGGACCAACCGGCCUGCCCAGGAACUGUGGCAGAUGAUAAAGCUCCGGAAGAUGGUGGAGGGCAAUGAAGAAGCCUUAGAUAAGACUAUGAAGACCAUGCAGGAUUUGCUUACCGACAUUAAUACACUCAAGUCUGUCACUGAAACCCUCAGGAAGGAUGUGGACAUACUGAAGGACAUGUGGAGUAAGAUACACCCGGAACGCAUGAGCAAUUUCCUUGAUGAUUUAAAAGCACAGACCCGGAAGAUAAAUGUGAUGCAGCGGGAUGUGACUAUUCUCCAGAACAAGAUUGGCGCCAUCCCCAAACCUGAAGACAUGGUACUCUGGAGUAGCCUCCAUGAGGCCUUGUUCACCUCGGUAACUGUUCAACAGGGAGCUGUUUCAGAACAGCUGGAAGAGUCUGACAUGUGGAAAGUUACAGAGAAGCUCCCAGAGCCUGAUCUUGCCCAGACCACCAUGAUUCUCGAAAGUGGUGGCCCCAGCCAGAUCUCAGAGGCCAUCCAACUCCCCAAGUCCUUGGAUACUGGUUGGCAAGUACAGGAGGAGGAGUCUGCCCUCCAAGUUCCUCUCACAGGGGCCCAGGAGUUGGGCCAGCCUCAGGUGCCCGAGCCUGAGCAAGCACCCGGGCCUGGACCUGCGCCAGAGGCUGAGUCUAUGCCUGGCAUUGUACCCAUACUAGGGCACAAUGUGACACCUGGGUUCAUACUACCACCUUGGCCUAGGUUCAGACCAAGGACUAUGGCCAGACCUGGGCCUGCAUUUGGACCUGGGCCUGCAUUUGGACCUGGGCCUGCAUUUGGACCUGGGCCUGCAUUUGGACCUGGGCCUGCAUUUGGACCUGGGCCUGCAUUUGGACCUGGGCCUGCAUUUGGACCUGGGCCUGCAUUUGGACCUGCCCCUGGACCUGCGUAUGGACCUGAGUCUCCAUAUGUACCUGGGCCUGCCCCUGAACCCACACCCCCUGGGCCUGGGCCUGAGUUUGGACCUGGGCCUGCCCCUUAUGGACCUGGGCCUGCCCCUUAUGGACCUGGGCCUGCCCCUUAUGGACCUGGGCCUGCCCCUUAUGGACCUGGGCCUGCCCCUUAUGGACCUGGGGCUGCCCCUUAUGGACCUGGGCCUGCCCCUUAUGGACCUGGGCCUGCCCCUUAUGGACCUGGGCCUGCCCCUUCUGGACCUGGGCCUGCCCCUUCGUCCGCACCACCAGGAUAUUGGCAUAUGCUGUCAAGAGCCGUGCUUCCUCCCAGAGGCUUGCCUGGACGUUUCCCUUUCUGGGCUUUCCAGCCUGGCGCAGGCCAAUUGGACACCCAGGGUUUCAGAGCCCCACCACCAGCCAUGGAGCCUGGCUCAGCCUGGCCUUAUCCACUGCAGCCACAGGCAGAAAUGCAGCAUCUCCAAUCUAUCUCAGAAGGUAUGGAAGAAGAUCAUUUACAGGAUGAAACCCCUGCUGCUGAGACCUCCAAAGAAUUACACCCUAGGAAUGCCCGGACCGCCCUUCAUCGGAUGAAAACUACCGCUGCCAUCGCAGCUGCUGCCGCCGCCGCUUAUGCGGCCGCCGCGAGCUCAGCAGCCCGGGCAGCCGAGAACGCAGCCCUGGUCGUCCAGGAUGCCCCCGCCACCAAACUGGCCACUGUGGCAACAAGCGUGGCCGCAGCUGGGCCCUUAGGGGUCUUUGCAGAUGUUGUGGGUGCUGGGGCUUCCCGUGGGGCCAUACCCUCCAUUGAUGAGAGCGAGGUGGGCUAUGAAACGUUACUCACCUCUUCGUAUGCUGGUCCCUUCGUCACUCCUGAAACUGACCUGUCCCAGGCCAUGCUGAUAGCCAAACAGGCUGUAACCCCGGAAGACAAGAAGGCGGCCGUCAAGUAUUCCAUGAGCCACAUAGCCCAGAUACCCAUUAGACAGGACUCCCUGAAAGAAGAGCUUGACCAGCUGUCAUCCAGCAUGCAUCAUCACAUGGCUCAUCUAGCUGAUAUAGAAAGCUCUUCCAAGCUUGAGUUGACAGUGGACAUGCUGCAAGAAAAGAUUGGAAGCCUCCAGAAAUCCAGGUUACAGGAGGAGGAAUUCGAGAAAAUUUGGGGCCACCAAAUAUUGAUGAUGAAGGAACAUUACGUCAUUCUGGACAGAGCAGUGGAAAAGAUCUAUAAUCGCCUGGAGGAGCUUAAGAUUCUCCAGUCUCAAGUAAAAAACCUAGAAUCGCUCAAGGCAGACAAACUUGCAAUGGAGCAGGAGUUAAGAGAGAAAGCUGACAGGAGCACCCUGGCAGCCAAGGCAAGCCGGGUUGAUCUGGAGAGGAUGGCAAUGGACCUGAACGAGAUGAUUCAGGGUGUACUAUUGAGGAUCGUGACCCAAGAGGAGAACUGGAAGAAGACUAUGGAUCAGCUCAACAAGGACAUGGGCAGCAGGAUGAUCAGCAAGGAUUUGGACAAUCUAAAGAAAGACAUAAAUGAGGUCUGGCUAGUAGUCAGAGAGCUGCUAAUUGAAGGCCUCCGAUUCGACCCUGAUAGUGCUGCCGGCUUUAGGAAGAAACUGUUUGAGCGGGUGAAAUGCAUUUCCUGUGACCGGCCGGUGGAGAUGAUGACUGGCCCACAUCUCAUCACCAUCCGCAAAGCCCACAUGCUGUCCAAGCUGCAGCUUCGGCCAUCUAGUGCCAACAGCUACGAGUAUCUGCAGCGGCAACAGAUGAGGGAACAGCAGCAGCUCCAGAAGCUCCAGAGGCUCCAGCAGCUCCAGAGCCUUCCAGACCAGGACUGGCAUGGCGGCCCUGGGGAUGAUGCCAACCUCAAGAUCAAGUCAUAUGACUUCACAACACUCUAUCCCUAUGGGGACCCCGACGUAUUGGACUAUGAUACCGCCGAGGUGGACAUCCUGGGAGUGGAUGGGAUCCUGUACAAGGGCCGAAUGGAGAGCCAGGAAGGGGCACGACCACUGACCAGCACGGAGAAGGACCUGACUGCUGUGAAGGGUCCACGUCCCCCAACUCGAAACAUAUAUGAGCGCCUUGAUGUCAUCUGCCCCCCCCUGCGCUCCAAUGCCAGCAUCCGCCCAGAGACUUCAGGCUCCCACUCAACGACACAAGCUCAGACUCCAUCUCUGCCACCCUUGACAUUGCUGCCUCCGCUGAUACCAAACCUGCAGGACCCCCAGCAGGCCUCAGCGUCCACCAGGCAUCCAAGGCCUCAGCGCCUCUAG